UUCGCGCCGAUAAAAUAAAAACUGUAGAAUUCUAUUAUAAUUUGUAAACGGUGCGUAUUAGGAAAUCGCUGCAAGGCAAACUGAAAGUUUGAUAACGAAUGCAUUGUAGAAUAUCUUAUCACUUUUUAAAUUAUUGCAAGAGGGUUCUUAUCAUCAGUCACCUCAUGUAAAAAUCACCAGUCGUGUUUUGUUAGUGCUUGUAAAGUUCAAGUUAGGAAAAGGGACUGGGGAGACUGGACAAUCAUGCAUAAAGUAUUUGUGUACGGCACACUUAAACGGAAUGAGCCGAACCACUGUUUGCUGCAGGACUCCAAUAAUGGCAUCGGUUGCUUUGUAGCAGAAGGGUACACCAAGACCAAGUAUCCCCUGAUCAUUGCAACUAAAUACAAUAUACCGUUCAUCUUACACUGCCCUGGCAAAGGACAUUUUGUACAAGGUGAGAUAUAUGACGUAGAUGAUAAAAUGCUUAGCAAACUUGACAUACUGGAGGACCAUCCCAAUUACUACAUACGAGAGAUUGAUGACAUCGUAAUCAAAGAUACAUUAUCACAAUGUCCUCAGGAGGAAAAAUGUUGGGUGUAUUUCCUGAAGAACUUUAAACCUGAACUUCUGAAGCGGCCAUAUAUGGACAAUUACAGUUCUAAUGGGAGCCAUGGGUUGCAGUAUAUGGAAAGGUCUAAAAGAGAUCCCUCGUAUAACCAUAAAAACGAAAUUAAGGCUGACUCAAGUACACAAAUGAGAUCUGAACCUGAGCCGACCGCAUCUUCAUGAUAGGACAAAAGCAAUAACGAAUCUGUGAUCGAGGAUCUAGAUGACGACGUGACUGCAAGCAAUACUAAUUAGUUUUAUAAAUAUUCCAAUAAUUGCACGAAAAUUGAUCUUAUGAAAUAAUUAGAAGAUUGUUAUUCAGUCUGUUAUUAGAUUUUUUUUCUGAGACUCUUUUGAGAUAUUUAAAUGAUAUCCUAAUGUGGAACAAUUGUUAUAAUAAAUAAAUAUUUUUUUAAAUAAAACAUUCCAAUUCUA